UGCAUUUCAUUUCCACUUGGUCUCGGUCUUAUGUAAGCCCACUCUACUCAACUGUCCUCAGUCUCUCCGACCCUUCUCUCUCUAUCUCUAUCUUUCUCUCUCGCAAGAGAAGGAGAAAGAAGGGCUCUGCAAAUCUACUCGUCGAUCGCUUAAAAGAUCAUUAUAAAAGAUGGCUGAUACUGAGGACAUUCAGCCCCUUGUAUGUGACAAUGGAACUGGAAUGGUUAAGGCUGGAUUUGCUGGAGAUGAUGCUCCGAGGGCUGUGUUCCCAAGCAUCGUCGGUCGGCCUCGUCACACGGGUGUUAUGGUUGGGAUGGGACAGAAAGAUGCUUAUGUUGGUGAUGAGGCCCAGUCCAAAAGAGGUAUUCUCACUUUGAAAUAUCCCAUUGAGCAUGGGAUUGUGAGUAACUGGGAUGACAUGGAGAAGAUCUGGCAUCAUACCUUCUACAACGAGCUCCGUGUCGCCCCCGAAGAACAUCCUGUCCUCCUUACCGAGGCGCCUCUCAAUCCCAAGGCCAACAGGGAGAAAAUGACACAGAUCAUGUUCGAAACCUUCAAUGUCCCUGCCAUGUAUGUUGCCAUUCAGGCUGUCCUCUCCCUCUAUGCCAGUGGCCGUACCACAGGUAUUGUGCUUGAUUCCGGUGAUGGAGUCAGCCACACUGUCCCAAUUUAUGAAGGUUAUGCGCUCCCCCAUGCUAUCCUCCGGCUUGAUCUCGCUGGACGGGAUCUGACGGAUGCCCUGAUGAAGAUCCUCACAGAGAGAGGGUACUCGUUCACCACGACUGCCGAGCGGGAAAUUGUUCGUGAUAUGAAAGAGAAGCUUGCCUAUGUGGCCCUUGACUAUGAACAAGAGCUUGAGACAGCAAAGAGUAGCUCAUCGAUUGAGAAGAGCUAUGAGCUUCCUGACGGUCAGGUGAUCACCAUUGGCGCGGAGCGGUUCCGUUGCCCAGAAGUGCUCUUCCAGCCAUCUCUCAUUGGGAUGGAAGCUGCUGGUAUCCAUGAGACCACGUACAACUCGAUCAUGAAGUGUGAUGUCGAUAUCAGGAAGGACUUGUAUGGCAACAUCGUUCUUAGUGGUGGGUCUACCAUGUUCCCUGGCAUUGCUGAUCGUAUGAGCAAGGAGAUCACUGCCCUUGCCCCAAGCAGCAUGAAGAUCAAGGUGGUGGCCCCACCAGAGAGGAAGUAUAGUGUCUGGAUUGGAGGGUCUAUCUUAGCCUCUCUGAGCACCUUCCAGCAGAUGUGGAUAUCCAAGGGGGAGUAUGACGAAUCCGGUCCAUCCAUUGUCCACAGGAAGUGCUUCUAGAUUUGCGGGUUGUUUUCUUUUUUCUUUUUUCCAUUUUGCUUGUGCGUAUAUUUGGUCUCAUAUUGCCUGGUUGAGGAACGGUUCUGGUUUGGUGGUUCAUCUCCGGUUGAAUUUUUUAUUGUUAUUUGUUAUUAUAAGUUGGCUAUCUUUCACCCUUCUAUAAAUAUUUAAAAUACUAGGGUAUGUUGUGUACGUAAAUGUAGUCUGGAAUUUGGAUUGCAAUUUCCAAGGCCUAUCUAUUUUACA